AUGAACUUGCCUCACGAAAAUAUAUCUUUUCUAGGCAUUGGCGGUAGAACCGUCUCUAAAAUGCUGUCAUUUGAUUUGGACAAAAUUAAGGCUUUUCAGCCAAAGGUUAUCAUUUUAGAACUGGGAACUAAUGAUUUGUGUGUAGUGGGGCAGCGCCCCGAAUCUGUUGGUUCAGAUAUUGAACAUUUAGUUGAAGUCCUCCAUGAUCACUGUGGAGCAGAGUUUAUAAUGGUAUGCCUAGUAAUUUACCGGUCUGCUAUUCCUCCACACGUUCCCGAUUUCAGCCACAAAGUAGACCUUCUCAAUAAAUAUCUCAAAGUGGUCCUCGAACCACUCCCUUAUGCUGAAGCGUGGAGCCAUAGAGGGCUUCAAAGUCCAUCUAUUGCUGUUUUAUGCCGAGAUGGCGUUCAUGGGAACGCAGCGGGCAACUAUGCUCUUUAUCGUAGCUAUAGGGGAGCCAUACUAUUCGCCUUGAAGAAGUUAGCCACUUUUUCUGAGGCUCAGUGACAGAUUCCAACUUGUCUAUCCAGUCAUGCAUUCUACUUUCGUUGUAACCGUCCUUUAUGGCGGACAGGAGAGCUUUAUCUUUUGUUAUAAGAUAUUGUAAUUAUUUUUCGGACCGGUUCCUCUUUCCGGCGCUUUAGCAUGUUCAAUGUGGCGUCUCCAAUUUGGAAAUUGCCAAACAUGCUGCCGAUUUUUCUUUUAUUGCCGGUUCCGUUUUUUCUCUCUCCAAUUUAUAUUUUGAGCAGAAUGCUACUGGAUUGGAAAACCGCUACUCAAAACCCUGCAGCCGUUUCCGAUAAACUGUCAAAAGAAUUAGGUCUAGGUCUGAUUGCAGGGCCAUUUUUAGAACGACCUUUUCCUUCUUUACGCAUUUCUCCGCUUGGUUUAAUUCCUAAAAAGACGCCAGGAGAAUUUCGCCUUAUUCACCACUUAUCUUUUCCUUACGGUGAUUCUAUUAACUCUUGUAUUCCUAACGAUGCCUCUACGGUUAAAUAUGCCUCGAUUGACAAUGCG